UCCUGUCCAGUUGGUGGCGCUGCUGCACGAGAUCUGUUGUUAACUGGACUUUGAUUUUCUCCAAGAUGAAGUCGUGUCAGGUGACAAACAUCAAUCGUGAAGAUCGCACAGGUGUUUAACAGCGAUCACAAACCGAAAGUGUUUUAAAGACUUCUGGAUUCUGUUCCUGCAGCACAAGAUCGUCUGAACUACUGCAAGUCAUGAUGAGCAUCUGAUUGUUUUCAUGAACCAGUCUGUUCAUCUGCAGUAUGUCAGAGAAGAGAGGAAAGAUGAGUCUCUCACAGAAACAGAGCGUAAGAUCAGACUCACAUGUGUCCAGCUCUGUGUCUGUGAAGAGUGACCAGUCAAAAGAGGAUCCACCGAACUUCAGUGAGAAAAAAACACCAUCUACCAAAAGUGUAAGAUCAGACUCACAUGUGUCCAGCUCUGUGUCUGUGAAGAGUGACUGGUCAAAAGAUGGUGUGCCACCGAACUUAAGUGAGAAAAAAGCAUCAUCUACCAAAAGAGUUCAGUAUGAGACAUUAGAUUCAGACGUCCAGACUCACAGGAACUACAAGAAUUUCAAAGACAAUCUCCUGCAGAUCUUCCAGGAUCUUGAAAGCAAAAUUAUCACAUUUCUGAAGAAUGAGCUGCAAAAGUUUAAGAAAAUAUUACAAAAAGAAGACUUAGACUACUUUGUGAAGGAUUUUAAUGAGAAAAGAUGCAGAAACAAAGAAGCAGCUCUUGAUCUCACGCUCUGCUUCCUGAGAGAGAUGAAGCAAGAUGAAGCUGCUGAUACUCUAGAAGGUAAGAGACUCAUGAUCAUCUGUCACCUUUUCUUCAUUCAUCAGCUAAAGUGUAGCCUAAAGAAGAAGUAUCAAUGUGUGUUUGAAGGAAUUGCAAAGCAAGGUGACUCUACACUUCUGAAGAACAUCUACACAGAUCUCUAUAUCACUCAGGGUUGUAGUGAACAGGUCAAUACUGAACAUGAGGUGAGACAGAUUGAAGUUGUUUCCAGACAACAUGAAUCACAGGAGAUACAGGUUGAGUGCAAAAAUUUGUUUGAAGCACCUGAAGAAGACAAGCAGAUCAGAACUGUACUGACAAAAGGAGUUGCUGGCAUCGGAAAAUCAGUCUCUGUGCAGAAGUUUGUUCUGGAUUGGGCCGAAGGAAAAGAAAGUCAAGAUAUCAUUAUAUUUCCUCUUCCAUUUAGAGAGAUGAACUUAAAGGAGCAAGAAAAACUAAGUUUGAUGGACCUUAUAACUCAGUUUUUCCCAGAGACAAAAGGACUGGACCUUACAAGAAGAAAUCAAUUCAAAGUCUUGUUCAUUCUUGAUGGAUUGGAUGAAUGUCGUCUUCCUGUAAACUUUAAGGAUAAUGAGACGUGGUCUGAUGUUUCAUCAACAGCCUCUCUGGAUGUCCUCCUGACGAACCUCAUCAAGGGAAAUCUGCUUCCUUCUGCUCUCAUCUGGAUCACCAGCAGACCAGCAGCUGCCAGUAAGAUUCCUCCUGACUGUAUCGACCGGCUGACAGAGAUACGAGGAUUCAAUGAUGCACAAAAGGAGGAGUAUUUCAGAAAAAGAAUCACGGAUGAGAAUCAGGCCAAAGAAAUCAUUGAUCAUGUUAAACAAUCAAAGAGUCUCUUUAUCAUGUGCCACAUCCCAGUCUUCUGCUGGAUUUCAGCCACUGUUCUCCAGAACAUUUUAGAGGAGAAAAAGAAAUAUGUUGUGAAAAACAAUCAGUCUGAUGAUGUCUCCAAAACACUGCAGGAGUCAAAUACUGAAGACACUCCUAAGACUCUGACACAAAUGUACACACACUUUCUCAGAUUUCAGAUCCAGCAGAGCAGACGAAAGUAUGAUGGAGAACAUACACCAGAUGUUUCCUGGGAUAAAGAUGCCAUCUUUUCACUGGGGAAACUGGCAUUUGAUCAGCUGGAAAGAAACAAUGUGAUCUUCUAUGACACAGAUCUGGAAGCCUGUGGUAUUGACGUCUAUAAGGCAUCAGUGUACUCAGGCAUGUGUACCCAGAUCUUUAAGGAGGAAACAGGGAUCGUUCUUGGUACCAUGUACUGCUUCGUUCACUUGAGCAUUCAAGAGUUUAUUGCAGCCCUUUAUGCACAUCUGUUUCUAGACAUAAAAAAGAAGAAAAGUAUAUUUGUUCGUGAGUCUACAAAACAGAAAAAUAAAAGUAAAAACAUGAUUGAUUUGCUCAAGACUGCAGUGGACAAGGCACUAGAGAGUGAUAAUGGACACCUGGAUCUUUUUCUACGAUUCCUCCUUGGUUUGUCACUCCAGUCCAAUCAGAGACUCUUACAGGGUCUGUUGACGCAGAAAAAAAGAAAUGAGCAGAGCAAAAAAAAAAUAGUUCAGUACAUCAAGCAGAAAUUAGAAUCUAAUCUGUCUCCAGAGAGAUCCAUCAAUCUGUUCUACUGUCUGAAUGAACUGAACGACCAAACUCUGGUGAAAGACAUUCAGACCCACCUUAGCAAAGGAAGUCUCUCAUCUGCUGAUCUUUCACCUGCCCAGUGGUCUGCUUUGGUCUUUGUGUUGUUGACAUCAGAGGAGGAGCUGGAGGAGUUUGAGCUUCAGAAAUUCAAGAAAUCAGACGAGUGUCUCAUUAGAGGAUCAGCAGUCAUCAAAACCUCUAAAAGAGCUCUGCUAAAUGAUUGUGACUUAACAGACAAAAGCUGUCCAGCUCUGGCUACAGUUCUUGGAUCAGAUACUAAUCUGAAAGAGCUGAACAUGAACAAUAAUAAUCUGCAGGAUUCAGGAAUGGAGCUCCUCUGCACUGGCCUGAAGAAUAUUAAUUGCAAACUAGAGAUACUGAGGUUUUUGAAAAGUCCUGCUGCAGAGGAAGCAUGUGAGUAUCUCACUGGAGUUCUGGGUAAAAGUCCAUUAUUACUGAAAGAACUGGAUCUGAGUGGAGAUAAAUUAGGAGAUCUGGAUGGAGAGAAACUCUCUGCUCUUUUGAUGGACUCUCACAGCAAACUGGAGAAAAUAAUACUGAAUAACUGUGAGCUGACAGAGAAAAGCUGUUCAGUUCUAGCUACUGUUCUCUCCUCCAAAACCAUCCUGAAAGAGAUGAACCUGAACAACAGUCGUCUGCUGGACUCAGGAGUCAAAGAGAUCUGUGAGGGACUGAAGAACCCUGUGUGUGAGCUGAAGAUACUGAAACUUUCAGACUGCAGUAUCAGUGAAGAAGGUUAUAAAGCUCUGUCUUCAGCUCUGAGAUCAAACCCUUCACACCUGAUAGAGCUGGAUCUCACAGGAAAUGAUCCUGGACCAUCAGGAGUGAAGCAGCUCAGUGAUUUACUACAGCAUCCAAACUGUCAACUCAAGACACUGAGGUUUUUGGGUCCUGCUGCAGAUGAAGGCUGUCAGUAUGUGACUGGAAUUGUGGGUAAAAACCCGUUACUCUUGAGAGAGCUGGAUCUGAGUGAACAUGAACUAGGAGACACAGGAGUGAAUCAGAUCUCUGCUCUACUGCAGGAUAAAUACUGUACACUCAACACACUGAAGCUAAAUGAUUGUGGCUUAACAGACAAAAGCUGUCCAGCUCUGGCUACAGUUCUUGGAUCAGAUACCAAUCUGAAAGAGCUGAACAUGAACAAUAAUAAUCUGCAGGAUUUAGGAGUGAAGCUACUCUGCACUGGAUUUAAGGAUAUAAAUUGCAAACUAGAGAUACUGAGACUUUCAGACUGCAGUAUCAGUGAAGAAGGUUAUAAAGCUCUGUCUUCAGCUCUGAGAUCAAACCCUUCACACCUGAUAGAGCUGGAUCUCACAGGAAAUUAUCCUGGACCAUCAGGAGUGAAGCAGCUCAGUGAUUUACUACAGGAUCCAAACUGUCAACUCAAGACACUGAGGUUUUUGGGUCCUGCUGCAGAUGAAGGCUGUCAGUAUGUGACUGGAAUUGUGGGUAAAAACCCGUUACUCCUGAGAGAUCUGAAUCUGAGGGGACGUGAACUAGGAGACACAGGAGUGAAUCAGAUCUCUGCUCUACUGCAGGAUAAACACUGUACACUCAACACACUGAAUCUGUGUAGAUGCAGUAUUACAGAGAAACAGUGUCUCAUCCUGACUUCAGCUCUGAAAUCAAACCCAUCACACCUGAGAGAACUGAACCUGAGCAGGAAUCAAAUAAAAAACACAGGAGUGAAUCACUUAUGUGACGUACUGAAGGAUUCACGCUGUAAACUGGAGAGACUGAGGUUAAGCUUCUGUGGUUUGACAGAUGAAGGUUGUUCUGCUGUGACUUCAGCUCUGAAAUCAAACCCAUCACACCUGAGAGAACUGAACCUGAGCUAACUGGACCUGAGCUGUAAUGAACUACUAGGAGACUCUGGAGUGAAAAACCUCAGUGAUCUACUGAUGAACACACAAUUCAAGCUGGAGAAACUAAUUCUGUGUGAUUGCAGUAUUGCAGAGAAACAGUGUCUCAUCCUGACUUCAGCUCUGAAAUCAAACCCAUCACACCUGAGAGAACUGAUCCUGAGCUGGAAUCAAAUAAAAAACACAGGAGUGAAUCACUUAUGUGACGUACUGAAGGAUUCACGCUGUAAACUGGAGAGAUUAAGUCUGUGGGAUUGCAGUAUUACAGAGAAACAGUGUCUCAUCCUGACUUCAGCUCUGAAAUCAAACCCAUCACACCUGAGAGAACUGAACCUGAGCUGUAAUGAACUACUAGGAGACUCUGGAGUGAAAAACCUCAGUGAUCUACUGAUGAACACACAAUUCAAGCUGGAGAAACUAGCAUUAAGUAAAUGCAGUAUUACAGAGAAACAGUGUCUCAUCCUGACUUCAGCUCUGAAAUCAAACCCAUCACACCUGAGAGAACUGAACCUGAGCUUGAAUCAAAUAAAAAACACAGGAGUGAAUCACUUAUGUGACGUACUGAAGGAUUCACACUGUAAACUGGAGAGAUUGAGUCUUUGUGGCUGUGAAAUUACAGAUGUUUCUUAUUUAACUCAGUCUCUGACAAACACAAAAGCUCUGCAGUUUCUAAAAGAGCUUGAUCUGAGAGAUAAUAUAAUUGGAGACUCAAAGCAGAAGCUCAUUGAUGUGCUACGAGACUCAAACUGUGAACUGAGGUGA